ACUAUGUAACGCACCGAACUGUUUUGCCUUAGCAAUAAAAACCGAGCAGAAGCUCGAUGACUUCUCUUUACACCUCGAACGGAACAAGUACUCUUUCCUUUACCCAAUACCACGCCGAAACCUCGCAAUACUUAGCCCUCACUCACUUAUCAGUGACGACGAGGAGGAUAAUUUUUUUUGCAUUUUUCGGGUGCGCGGAACUUGAUUAAAAAUCGAAUUGCAUUAGUUUCGCGGGUGCAGUUUGCAAAAAAAAAAAAAAAAAGACUUUGAACCGAACUUUCGGGUGAGCGGUUAAGUGUUCUACGGUUGCGGAAUUUCUUGUUUCGGGUGACGCCGGAGCGGAUUGGACGAGAGCUGCUUGGAGGUGCCGGAUUUUUCGAGGACGCCGGUUGGAAACGCUCGACGUUUGGGUGUUUUCCCGGAGGAAGCGGCACGCGGCGAUCAGGCGAGGUCCAGAACAAAGGCGGCACGGUGAGCAUCAACUUCUGCGACGCCAUUUUGUUGGAAGGCACGCGCGUCGUUCUUUUGUUUGGUGAUUGCUGAUUGGCAAGUGUGUGCUGGCGGGAGAUCUUGGCACGAGUAAUUCUUGUUUCCAAGUGUCUGGUUGGUUCCAACGUCACAGCCGGUCGGAUCGUCCAGGUUGCUGUUUAAGGAGAAAAUCUUCAAUCGCGGCGGCGGCGGUGGCUGAUUGUUCGCUGGAGGACGCUUGUGCUGUGCUGGGACGUACCGGGCACGCGGUAGCGGCCAUUUUGCUGUGUGUGUGAGAGGCGUUGUAAGCAAAUUUGCUGGCAAAGGCCGGAAUAGCAGAGCGGGCAAAAUGAGUAUGGCUUCAAGCAUUGAGCAAUAUCGCAAAGGCACGACCUUUGGCGAUUGGGCUGAUAGGCUGGAUUACACCUUCAAAGCUAACAAAGUGGAGGGUGAUCUUCAAAAAUCUCAUUUUAUGAAUCUUUGCGGGCCAUACAUUUAUUCCCAAUUGAAACUUCUCUUCAAGAAGGAUGAAUUAGAUAAAGCUGAUUAUGCUACCAUUGUGGCAAAACUCAAACUUAAACUUGAUCUUACUGAGCCUGACCUUGUACAACGGUUUCGGUUUAGUCAAAGGACUCAACAACCAGACGAAACCGCUGAGGAGUUUGUGCAAGCGGUUAAACUUCAGGCUGAGUUUUGUGGGUUUGAAAAUUUCAAAGAAGUUGCAAUCAUUGACAGAGUUUUGGUAGGACUGAGUGAUGCUGUGUUAAAAGAAAAUCUUCUGAAGGAGGAGAAGUUGGAUUUGGCUAAAUUGGACAAGUUUAUCACUACAUGGAACAUUGCUAAACGCAAUGUACAUUCGCUUUUCAAUCAAAAUUCGUGCGCUAAUUACAACUACCCUCCUCCAGAGAUGAUUAACCAAGUGAGAAGACCAGUUCACGAGCGUUUGGGCCAUCCCUACAAUCAAAGACAACACACACGCACACAAAACAAUGUCAAUAGACAGGGUAAUGGUUUCAAUAGAACAAAUGGAUCGGGCAACAGAUCGGGUUACAACAACUACAACAAUCACAAUCGCACACAAAAUUCACAAAACACUCAGCGUACAGUUCGAUUCCAAGGUGAUAAUCGUAACAACACACACAGAAACACAAACUACAGUAACAAUAACAGACUAAAUGGUCGCAACAACUACAACAACUGGCCUAAGAGGGAUUAUUCGGAGAUGGAAUGUGAUUACUGUGGGGAGUUAGGUCACAUUAGGAGAAAGUGUUUCACACUGAAAAACCUGCAGCGAGAUGCGGUGAAUUUCAUCGAGGCCGCGAGGCCAGGGACCAGUGCAGAAAAGGAGUUGUCGGAUCUGAUGGGACGCAUGAGGACAGCAGAUGGUCCUAGGGUGGAGACUUCGGACGAUGAAAGCUACUCCGAGUGGAACCCAGGUAGUUUACAAUAUACAAAUUGGAAACGCGGUGCUGAUCGCGCAGCGCGGACAGCUUAAACCGCGACGUGAACGCCGGCACGAACAUCCAAAUUUGAUGAUGCCGCUCGCAACGCCGGUGACAAAUGCGGCGGAAGACUACAUGGAUGUCGAGAUGGGAGAAGAUACAGAACUGAUGCGGGGCACUGGAUGCGGUGAGGGCCCGUUCCGAGGAUUCUUGGAACCGGUUCAAACGAAGAGCAGAAGAAGAAAGCGGGAUGCCGCUGUGGCGGAGUUGCCAGCGAUCUGUCUUCGACGUUCGAAACGUCAGAGAAAUCCUAAAAUGAACGAUGAAUUUGUUUAUAACUAGUGCAUAGCUUUUUCGAACUCAAACUCUUACAAUUUUCUUAUUAAAAUAACUUGUAAUUCGAAUACUUAAAUGAAUUGUUAAAAUUACUUAUUUCUAUUAAUUAAACACUGUAAUAACAAACUGAAAAGCGGAGGACUGAGGUGUACCGCCCUAACGCUUAGGCGUUGUCACGCACACUAACAAAAUACUAUGUAACGCACCGAACUGUUUUGCCUUAGCAAUAAAAACCGAGCAGAAGCUCGAUGACUUCUCUUUACACCUCGAACGGAACAAGUACUCUUUCCUUUACCCAAUACCACGCCGAAACCUCGCAAUACUUAGCCCUCACUCACUUAUCACGUACCAUCAAUUGUUGUGCA